GAUCUCAUUCUGACAUUUAAUAUCUCAAUGCAUCGUUCUUGGUGGAUGGAGAAUGGGCCGGGCUGCACCGUGACCUCAGUAACCCCAGCCCCAGACUGGGCACCAGAGGAUCAUCGUUAUAUCACUGUCUCGGGGUGUUUUCUUGAAUAUCAGUACAUAGAAGUGGCUCACAGUUCUCUUCAGAUCUUCCUUGCAGUAAGUGGAUUUCUUUAUGCCUACAUGUGUUAUCUGUUGUUGCUUCUAUCAAAUUUUACCUGCGUUUCUUCACUACUCCUUGCAGAAAACUGA